AUGUCUGGCUCAUCAAACGGCGCCGGCGGCGAUUCUAGUGCUGGAGGUGAAGAUGAUUCCUUGGAAUCUUCUUUGCAGGCAUUCCAAACAAUGCCCAAGGAUUUUAAUGCCGCCUUGGAAGAUUUUCGUGCCGAUUGGCAAAAGGAAUUAAAACAAAAACAAGCAGGAGAUGAUGUAGCCACUAAACACAACAGCGAAACCGCAGAGGAGGAAAAAGAGGCAGAAGAUAUAGUUGCUCCAUUGGCCAUCACCAAAGACAAUUCGGAUCGUGAUGCAUUGGCAAAAAGUUAUUUCCACAAGGCUGUUGAAUUGGAAAAACGUGGCAAAGUCUAUGAUGCUAUUCCAUUCUAUCGCAAAGCAGUACAAAUAGAACCAAAUAUUGAAUUCACCUAUUAUGAGCAGCAGAAGCUCAAGAGCAAUGCUCAACAGCAAAUAAAUAACAAAAAUGUUGAACAUACCACAAAGAGCCAGGAUAGUGCCGAUGACUUGGCUGAAGAUGACAUCAUCGAUGAUUUGUAUGAAAAAUUUCAAACGGAUAUAUCACUCAACUAUCAGGGAAAAUUGAUGUUAAGUAGUCGUGAUCCUGGUGUCAUCACAACGGAAAUGCAUAUUUCCGAAUUACCACCUGAACUGCUUUUGUAUAUAAUGCGUUGGGUUGUGUCCUCACAAUUGGAUAUGCGUUCAUUGGAGCAGUGUGCUGCUGUCUGUAAGGGCAUGUAUUUGGUGGCAAGGGAUGAAGAGCUGUGGCGUUCUGCAUGUGUCCAAGUAUGGGGACCCAAUGUUGGUACUCUUACUACAUCGGAAAUACAUGAAAACAAAGACCCAGCCCUAGAUGAAGAAUGUCCAAUAAUACCGAAAUAUUCAAGCUGGCGUCAAAUGUUUAUCGAACGUGAACGUGUACUCUUCAACGGUUGCUACAUCAGCAAAACCACCUAUGUUCGUAUGGGUGAAAAUAGUUUCCAAGAUCAAUAUUAUCGUCCCGUACAGUUGGUUGAAUAUUAUCGUUAUAUACGUUUUCUGCCAGACGGCACAGUUUAUAUGAUGACCAAUGCCGAUGAACCACAACAAGGUGUAACACGUUUGAAAAAUCUUCAACAAUUACGUCCGGAUAUUUUAAAAGGGCGUUAUCGUCUAUACGGCAGUACACUAACAAUUGUCUUGGGUAAACAACAGCAAUCGUCGAAAUUCAUAACCAGCACUAAUGUGGGAGGCUAUAGCCGCCAUCGACGUGGCAGUUCAGUAUAUGAUGAGGCGGCACUAAACAGUAUUAAAUAUUGUAUUGAAUUUCGUAUAUUGAAUACCUCCAAGCGGAAGUUUGCUCAAUUGGCUUGGCUGCGUUAUGCGGUGGUUCAGGUGCGCAACAAACAUGAAACCACUUCGGAAUUCGAUUUGACACCAUCAAAAUAUCCACCAUUGUGGUUUUCACCGGUGCGUAGUUAUCAUUUGGUGGCCGAUACACCAUUAAUAUAA